GCUUUUUGCUCUCGAGGCGGCAGCAGUCGGACGUGUAGAGUCACAGUCGGAAAACACGGGGCUAAAAACAAGACCACAGUCCGUAACAACUGAGCUGAAUCCGGGGGAAAAGAGGCGAAGCGACGCCGCCGCUCGGCUCCCGUCCUCCCGCUGAGAUGGUCGUUCGGUCCGGUGCUGUGAGGCUCCUGCGGCGGCACUGAAGAGGAUGGGCUCAGCGUCCCGGGUCCUGAGGAGAUGUCUCUGGGUCGGCUCCUCCGUCGUGCCUCCUCCAAGGCCUCCGACCUCCUGACCUUUAACCCCGGGGCGGGGAGCUCGUCGCUACGCUCGGGUCUGGACGGCGAGAUCAUCUUCUCCAAAAAUAAUGUCUGCGUGCACCCUGCCGAGCCGCUGCCCGCUCUGGCCGAACACCACCCAGGCUACCUGUGUGUGCACAUGGAGAAGGAUGAGAGCCUGGGCACCACUCUGAUCCUCACCUGGGUGCCCAACUCCCGCAUCCAGAGGCAGGAUGAGGAGGCGCUGCGAUACAUCACUCCGGAGAGCUCCCCUGUUCGCAGGAACACCCGCCGCCGAGGACGACGACCUCACUCUCGUCCCCCGGCGGCCCAGGAGGAAGAUGAGGACGACGACCGGAACGUAACCAGCAGCACCUCUGCAGAGAGCCAGGGCCUGGCGGGGGAGGCCGGAGCCGAUCCGUCCUCGCACCAGCAGCAGCUGCCGUCGGCCGGGGAGGAGGGCGACGAGGGCUCCUGUGAGCUGUCGGACGAGGUGAGCCGGGACAGCACCAUGGGGUCCGACUCGGACACCUUCUCCUCGCCGUUCUGUUUGUCGCCCGUCAGCGAGGCGCUCUGCGAGAGCAGCGGAUCGGUUUUCCUGGACAACGAAAGCAGGGAGCUGUGUGAGGAACCCAUGAACCACUCGGUGAGCUCCGCCUCCAGCCUGGACAGCCACGCCCCAUCAGAGAGCGGCAGCCAGUCGCAGGGCAUGCGGUGGGAGGAGCAGCAGAAGGUUCUGGCUCUGGAGCAGCUCUGUGGAGUCUUCAGGGUGGACCUGGGUCACAUGAGGUCACUGAGGCUCUUCUUCAGUGACGAGGCGUGCACCAGUGGCCAGCUGGUGAUAGCCAGCAGAGAGAGCCAGUACAAGAUCCUCCACUUCCAUCACGCUGGCCUGGACAAGCUGGCCGAGGUCUUCCAGCAGUGGAAGUGCUGCAGAGAAACUCAGCUUAAAGACCAGGUGUCGGAUGAGAAGUCGUGCAUGCAGUUCUCCAUCCAGAGACCCACCCUGCCGUCAGCCGAGACCCACCCAGAGGAGAGGCUCUACCGGAGGCUGGACGUCACCACCUGGCUGCGUCACCUGAACCACAGCGGACAGGUGGAGGAGGAGUACAAGCUGCGCAAGGCCAUCUUUUUCGGUGGUAUCGAACCCUCCAUCCGUGGCGAGGUGUGGCCCUUCCUGCUGCACUACUACAGCUACGACUCCUCGUCUCAGGAGAGGGAGGCCUGGAGGCUGCAGAAACGCACCCACUACCACGACAUCCAGCAGAGGAGGUUGUCCAUGAGCCCAGAGGAGCACAGUGAGUUCUGGAGGAAGGUCCAGUUCACGGUGGACAAAGACGUGGUGAGGACGGACCGCAGCAACCACUUCUUCAGAGGAGAGAACAACCCCAACGUGGAGAUCAUGAGGCGAAUUCUGCUCAACUAUGCGGUGUUUAAUCCCGACAUGGGCUACUGCCAGGGCAUGUCUGACCUGGUGGCCCCGCUGCUCACUGAGAUCCAGGAUGAAAGCGACACCUUCUGGUGCUUCGUCGGCCUCAUGGAGAACACCAUCUUCAUCAGCUCCCCGCGGGACGAAGACAUGGAGAGGCAGCUGAUGUACCUGCGGGAGCUGCUGCGCCUCAUGUUGCCUCGCUUCCACCAGCACCUGACCAGGCUCGGGGAGGACGGCCUGCAGCUGCUCUUCUGCCACCGCUGGAUCCUGCUGUGCUUUAAGAGAGAGUUCCCUGACACCGAGGCCCUGCGCAUGUGGGAGGCCUGCUGGGCGCACUAUCAGACCGACUACUUCCACCUGUUCCUGUGCGUGGCCAUCAUCGUUCUCUACGGGGAGGAUGUGACGGAACAGCAGCUCGCUACCGACCAAAUGUUGCUCCACUUCAGCAACCUCUCCAUGCACAUGAACGGAGAGCUGGUGCUACGCAAGGCCCGCAGCCUCCUCUACCAGUUCCGCCUCCUGCCCAGGAUCCCCUGCAGCCUCCAUGACCUCUGUAAGCUGUGUGGCCCGGGGAUGUGGGACAGCCGCUACAUCCCCACGGUGGAGUGCUCAGGUGAACACCCAGACUCCCAGAGCUGCCCCUAUGGAGGCACCUCCACCCCCCAGCCCUCCUCGCCCUCCCCGUCCUCCACACCCUCACCCUCACCAAACCUCACCCCCACGCCUCCCCCGGAGGGCAAGAGAGGCUCCAAAACCCGGGACAUUUUCACCUUCCGGAAACAGUCGUGAGGCGCAGCUUCUGCUCACGUCUCUGCUCCUAGUUUCACCGUCUCCAUGAGGAUUUCUGUCACUCGAUCUGUUCACGUGGUGCGAUGUGGAACACUGCCUUACUAGAAUGUUGUUUUCAGCGUUCGGCAUCACAUGAAUCUGCGAUGAGGACGGUUUGCUGCCGGACAGACCAGAGGUCAAGAAGCUGCUUUCCUCUCGGAGCAGAACGGACAAUCACCAGACACGAAGCCGGUCUGGAGCUACUUCAGGUUCUAAUCUGCUGCUAGCUUGGCAUUCUUCCACGGGCUCUGUGGGCAGGGGUCACAUCAGGGUCUGAGGCAACUGGGCUGAAUCCUCGCAGACUCUGACCCAGGGUCAAAACAAACUGGAGAUUCAUUCACAGGACUUGAACUUGAACUCUUAAAAGUGUUCCUGUGUUCUCACAAUGGAAUAUUUGUGUGAAUAUCAAAUUGUGUGUGCAUAUCUGGAGUCUGAGCAGGACGUUUUUAAACCCAGAACCCUCAGUGUUAACAAAGAAGCGAGAGUUUUCACUUUAAUUUCAUCUUUCAACAAGUGAAUGUUUGCUUUUAUAUCAGCAGUUACCAAUAUCUAGCAAUAUUAUAUCCUUGCAUGAGCAGUUCUUUACAUAUAGAGGGCACAACGUAUGGGAUGUGUUUACACGACAAACACUACAUCAUGAUAGGGCUCCUCAUGUUUCUGACGAAGGAACGUUCUCUGUCAGAAUUGUUUCCUGACGAGCAGGAGGAAGAAAAACCGAAUGUUUCCUUCUGAUACACUCACAUGUUACCUGUUGAGCAAUAGGAGUUUAACCAUUCACACGUCAGCGUCAUAAAACAUGAAAUGUACUUUAAGAUUUAUGCGACAGCCAAAGAGAGAGCUGAUCGUGGUUUUAUCCCGACAGAAAGAUGGAUGGCUUUUCUGUGACAGGGUGGUGAAAUACUGUCAGCACACUUUUAUUUCUUCCACUAUCACCUUAAAAGUGAAUGACACUCUAAACUGAGAAUCAGUCCACAUGAAUGUAUCUGUUCUUUGUUUCUCGUCACUCUACAAUGGUGUGUUUGUUGAAGGUAUAUGUGUGAAAAUCAACCAGUUAUAUAGGGGGUCCUCAGUUUACGACGUAUGGCGUUUUGUCUUUGCGUGGAACUAGUUGGAGAGCGGAGCAGAUGAAUACGUCGUCAUGUGGCGCUAUAACACAGCUUUGUUUACAUUUGCCAGUUCUACUCCAGCUUGGAUUGUGCUACAUUCACUAAAUGUUUGCCCUUCAUGGCUACCCAGUGUCAGUCAGUCUUUGAAGAAAAGGAAAGCCAUCUCCAUGCAACUGAACUUAGAUGUAUUAAAACACUCGGGACAGGUCGACGAACAUCGGCCGGUUGCUUGACCUAAGUCUCGACGAUCAUUUCAAUCAUCAUGUAACGGCUUUUAUUUACAUUUUCGCCCGAGUUCCUACUUACGGCGAAAAUUGACUUACAUCGGGCAGUAGGAACUGAACUCCGACGUAAGUCGAAGACCCCCUGUAUCUCAAAUGAAAACUGGAAGCGAAGGAAGAAGUUUGUGUUGAGCUUUUGAGUGACACUUGCAGGGUCGAAAACAUCUUUAAGUUGCCGUUAAAAUCUGACCUUAAGACCAUCAAUCAGCCCCUCUCCACCCUCCCCGACACUCUCAGCGAGCAGUCCCUGCAAAUGACAUCCAUAACUGCUCUUCCCCAUUAGUUAUCAUGUGCAGCUGUUUGCUGGAAACGCCUGCAGAGCUGGGAAGACGGGGGGGCUGCGUGGAAACGAGCUCAGUCAGAAAUCCACGAUGGGAAAACAACCAAACAGUGUGUGUGCGAGUGUGAGUGUGAGUGUGAGAGAUGUCAUGAAUUUUAUUAACAUUGAAAUCACAUUGUUUACACAGACACUACAAGUCACGACCUUGAUUAAUGGCUGCUCCUAUUUAAAGGGGCUGUGACUCACGAAUGUACAGUGUUGCUGUUAAACGCUACCAUAUGUUGAUGUAUUACUGUACACAUCACAGAAAAGAAGAGCUUAUUCUUAUUAUUGGUAUCAAUAAAAACAACAACGGUAAUAAAAUACAAUUUUAUGAAA